CGGGGCGCGCCGCCGCGCAGCCCACCACCUUCCACCUCCUCCGCUUCGCCGCGCUCCGCCUCUCGUGCCUCCCCUACGCGCGCCGCCUCUUCGACGCCACGCCCCACCCCAACGUCUUCCUCUACUCCGCCAUGCUCUCCGCCUACGUUUCCUCCGCCGCAGCCGCCGGCUCACACCAUUCCUCCCACGCGCACGCCCGUGAUGCGCUCGACCUCUUCCUCCGCAUGCUCCGCCGCGGCCGCCCGGCGCCCAACCAGUUCGUGUACCCGCUCGCGCUCCGCGCCGCCUGCGCCGUCGGCGUUCACCUUGUCAGGUCGAUCCAUUCCCACGCCUGCAAGAGCGGCUUCUGCGAGUACGAUGUCUUAUUGACCUCGCUGCUCGAUGGCUACUCGAGGUACGGGAUGAUGGCCGACGCGCGCAAGCUGUUCGACGGUUUGACCGAGAGGAACGUGGUCUCCUGGACCGCGCUGGUGUCCGGGUACGCAAGGGCCGGGAAAGUUGGGGAUGCGAUCGUGCUCUUCGAGCGGAUGCCUGAGAGGGACGUGGCUGCAUGGAACGCGAUCAUCGCAGGCUGCACUCAGAACGGGCUGUUUGUGGAGGCGGUUGGGAUUUUGGGGAGGAUGGUGGGCGAGGGGUUCCGGCCAAAUGCAACCACAGUUUCUUGUGUGCUAUCUGCAUGUGGGCAUCUUGGGACGCUGAAGAUUGGGAAGUUGAUCCACUGCUAUGCGUGGAGGACCUGUGUUGGUUUUGGCUCUUCCGUUCUGAAUGGGUUGAUCGAUAUGCACGGUAAAUGUGGGAAUCUAAAGGGGGCAAGAUGGAUCUUUAAUGAAGUUUCAGAUAGAAGCCUGACCACGUGGAAUUCUCUGAUCAAUUGUCUUGCACUACAUGGGCGCAGCAAGUGUGCAAUCGCUGUGUUUAAUGCAAUGAGGGAUGAGGGAGUUGAACCUGAUGUGGUUACUUUUGUUGGACUGUUGAAUGCAUGCACUCAUGGAGGGUUUGUUGAUGAAGGCCUUAGAUACUUUGAAUUAAUGCAGCAUGAGCACGGAAUAGAGCCAGAGAUUGAACAUUAUGGGUGUAUUGUUGACCUUCUUGGCCGGGCUGGACGAUUUCAGGAUGCACUGAAUGUUAUCAGCAAUAUGAGGAUCAAAUCAGAUGAAGUUAUAUGGGGCUCAUUGCUAAAUGCAUGUAGAAUACACAGACAACUAGAACUGGCUGAGCUUGCAAUUCGGAAGUUGCUAGAGUUGGAUCCAAAUAAUGCUAACUAUGUGGUGAUGCUGGCAAAUGUAUACAGUGAAGGUGGCUUGUGGGAAGAGGUGAGGAAAGUAAGGAAGUCUGUGAAGGAAGAGAGUAUUGGCAAGAAGCUUCCUGGCUGUAGCUGGAUCGAGGUGGAUCGCAAGACACACCGGUUUUACUCUGGUGAUGAUGCUCAUCCUGAGUCAGAGGAUAUAUAUGAUACUCUUGAUGAUUUAGCAGCCUCAAUGGAAUUGUGACAAAAUAUACUGCCUGUUAACAAUGUUUCCAGAAGCUUACAUAGCUUGAUCACUCUCAUAAAUUGGCUUUGUUAUUGGGAAGUAAUGUGCUUAACAGGUGUGCGGUAAACGAGGUGGGAUCCCCUAAGUUAAGCAUUUGGCCUACAUAACACAUUUAUCGGGGUAUACAAGGUGUUCCAUCAAAGCCUUUUAUCAAGCUACUUCAUGUCAAGUGGUACACCAAGAGGUGGAUCUAAUGCCUGAACUGGACUGAACUUAUGUUCAGGAUUUGCGCCUUUUCUGUUUCAAAAUGCCAUCAUCAAUGCAUGAAGUUAUGCAGACCCGGAUGAGAAUGGAACAUGGGAUGGGUAGAUACUAAUCAAGAAAAGUACAAAAUUCAGAAUCUGGAGUCUGAAGAAGAGCCUUGCAUUUGCUGAUUGUUAAAAUACAUAUUUUUACUAUUUGCCGCACCGGUUAGUCAUUACCGCUUUGAGCCUGAGAUUUCACAACCAGUAUAUAGUGGAAAUGACUGGAGCAAACUAGAAAGUACAAAGGAGUAAAAUAGGAAAUGUGAUGGGAGAAGCUGAAGAUGAACCCAAGAAACUGCUAUGUAUUUCCAUUUACUGGCACAGAAGGGUAUCGAUUCAUUGGUGGUUCAUGUGUUCCCAUCCAUGGAUCGUGUCUCCACAACUUGGUAAAAAGGCGAUUCUUCGACUGAAGAGAUCAAGAUUCAAGGCUAUGGAGGGAGUUACGCGAUGCUCGUAUAUCGUCACAUGGCUGGAUCAGGGUAGAAAGAAGAUGGGCAAAUGUCCGCCGUACGUUGCCACUGCAACCCUUGCCAGCUAAGAUGGGAGGUUGAAAAGGAUGGUGCAGGUUACUGGAACAAGCAUGCAAGGUGCCAAGGUACAACGACAUGGACCGGCGAUUUGGAAAGGGGGGAACAAAAGUACUCUUAUCGUCUUGGUCUGGAACAAUUCCAGUAUACCUCGCCAUGUAAAUUGCGAGCGGUAUAUGCCACCCUGACCACCCAAAACCAGCCAAAAAGUUUGGUCAAUCGCAGCGUUCGAGCCCGUCCAAAUAAAGGCGGGAUAAGUGACUGGACUGAUACGCAGCCAUGUCUUAUCUCAGCAACUUUUUCAGGGCUUCUUGUUCAUGAGUUGUUUUCGGUGAUAUCCGUUCAAAGGGGUGGUACGAUGGACCCCCUGUUUCCAGUUCAUGAACUGCGCAAAGCAGGGAUGCCGUGAAGAUUCUGCACAGAUGGUCACGAGUGGCUCAUGGCUUCCAUUUCGAGCAAUUUUGU